AAUCGGAAACCUCUGUGUGUUCUGUUUUCCCGAUUCUCUUCGCUUACAGCAAACCUUUACUUUUUGGCUGAAGGAAUAAGAAACGUAGAAAUAAAGCAACAACGAGAUUGAUUUGGUGGAUUCUACAAUAACUAGUUUCAACGGGAAGGCCCUUGGCCCCUCCCCCAUCCCAAAAUGCCGUUGGUAACGAGGAACAUCGAGCCUCGCCAUGUGUGCCGUCAGGCGCUACCCAACACCAUUCGCAGUGAGCUGGAGUGUGUAACCAACAUCAGCCUCGCCAACAUCAUACGCCAGCUGGGCAGUCUCAGUAAGUAUGCCGAGGACUUGUUUGGAGAGCUGUUUGUGCAGGCGGGGGCGUUCGCCAUCCGGGUUAACACACUGGGAGAGCGUGUGGACCGUCUUCAGGUCAAAGUCACCCAGCUCGACCCCAAAGAGGAGGAGGUCUCUCUGCAGGCCAUCACCCAGAAGAAAGCGUUUCAUAGUAAUCUGAUCCAGGACCAGCAGUUGUUCUGCAGACCCUCUUUACCCCAGCCUGUACAGGAGACCUAUCUGACCUGUAAUCCUCCUCCUCCACUCAACAACCUGAGCCAGUACAGGGAUGAUGAUAAGGAUGCUCUGAAGUUCUACACGGACCCCUCUUACUUCUUUGACUUGUGGAAGGAGAAGAUGCUGCAGGACACCAAGGACAUCAUGAAGGAGAAACGCAAACACAGGAAGGAAAAGAAGGACAACCAGAAUCUUCGGACUCUAAAUCCCAGGAAAAUCAAGACCAGGAAGGAUGAGUGGGAACGCCGCAAAAUGGGGGAGGAGUUUGUGGUGCCAAAGAAUGACAUGGGAGAAUCUCUAGAGGGUCUUAAUGGCAGUAUUGGUUCUGGAGAAGGGUGUUACUCCCCGGAUGGUUUGGACCAGAGCACAGGGUCGUACGGCUUAGAUCCAGGCUCCCCUCUCCCUCAUCCCACUCAGGAUGACUUCCUGCCGCCACCACCGCCUGACAUGGGAUAUCAUGACGGGCAGUACGGAGCUCCAACCCAGAAGCGCACCAGCCUUUUAAGCCCAACACACCCCCCUCCAGCCCCUCCCAUGCCCUGUUCUACUCCCACCGGCACCAGACCCAACCUGUCCCCUCCCCCUGCCCCCCCUCCCCCUCCCCCCUCAACUGGCUUCGGAGUCCCCCCACCUCCUCCCCCCUCUGGGUUUGAUUCUUCCCCUCCCGCUCCCCCACCCAUCACCAACUCUGCCUAUCCCUCCCCUCCUGCCCCACCUCCCCCUCUCUCUCAAGCCUCAUUGUCUCCGCCUCCUCCCCCCUCUCUCCCCCAGGGUGGGGGCGCACCUCCUCCUCCUCCUCCCCCUCCUCCCCCCGGCCCCCCUCCUCCCUGUGGACCUCCUCCCCCUGGCCCACCUCCCCCCUCCUUCUCCAUUGGUGCUCCGCCUCCUCUUAAAUCCACCCAGGCUCCUUCAGAAGCCCCCCCUGACGCACACAGUGACCUGCUAUCUGCUAUCCGGCAAGGUUUUAAUUUGCGUAAGGUGGAAGAACAAAAAGAGCAGGAGAAGAAGGACAACUAUGGCAAUGAUGUGGCGGCCAUUUUGUCUCGCCGUAUUGCUGUGGAAUGCAGUGACAGCGAGGAUGACUCUUCUGAGUUGGACGAUGACGACUGGUCCGAGUGAGAAACCCCUUCAUCGCUGUUACAUCAUAGUCUUCCUCAGAGAGAACGAGUUGUGCCCUCAGCGAGUAAUGGCUGUAACCAGUGAUCUUAAAAAGUAGAGAUCAAAAGAUGUCUGUCUGUCUUUCUAUCUCAGGCUGUCUCAGCCUCGUUCUCAGUGUUUCCCACUCCCAUCUUAGCCAAUCACAUUCCCUGUAUGCUUUGUAGAACAGAAACGAGAACCCAAACAUUUGAAUGUGGAUAAUGGUCCAAAUAACAAAACAAAAACAUUCUAAGGGACACAGGGCCAAAGAUGACCUACCAAUAUCGACACACACAGUCCCAUUAUCAUCCCAUUGGGAUGAUUAAUAAACUUUCAUUUAUUAUUAAUCAUAUUUCACUUAAAGAUAAUUUACAUGUGAGGAGACCCUAAUGUUUUUAUUUUUUUAUUAGUUUUUGUCUGUGUGGUUGGCAUGGGAAUGGCUUUUUAGGCAAUUAGGAAUGGGAAGGGACCUUUUUCGGGAAGGAAGUGUUCCAAACCGCAUCUAAAUGUCCCAAGAUGGCCCUGGCGCAAUACCACCACGCCCCCUGUCACUCAAAACAUGCCCUGCCCAAUCAGGGACCAGUUUCUUGCCUUAGCCCAGCCGCUCCAUAAUGCCUUUGCUUUUUAUGUUUCUGUGUGUGACGGAUGAAUUUGUCCAGCAACAGUGAUCUGAGACGGUGCUUCUCAAACCGGUCCUCAGGGACCAGCAGAUGUCUCAUACUUUAGCUGUAGCCCUGAACGAUCUAAUCAGAUUCACAUAAUCAAAGGAGUGAAUUAGUUCACAGCUAAAAUCAGGUCUACUGGCUCAUGAGAUUCAAAAACAUGGAAUGUCUGCUGGUUCCCGAGGAGAGGUUUGAGAACCUCUGAUCUAAUGCUAGGUCUGGGUUGCGUUCCAACAUCACCAACGCAUUGGAUGAUUGAGUACCAAUGUUAAAUCUGUCUCCUAGAAAAACUUGAUCCACUUCUAAGUGCCUUCUGUUUGUUAUUAAAGCCAAAGUGUAAAGCCACAAGCAGACUUGAGCAUGUUGCUAUCCAUCUGCCUGUUUCUGCUUGUCCUGUCUCAACUUUAUCAAGGAUGACUAUUACAAUAAUAAAGAUAUAAUGAACAACA